ACAAGCCUCUCUGCCUUCCUCAGCACCCAUCUGUCCCUCUCCUGUGCUCUUCUUUUGUUGUCUAUGGCUGCCUUUCUCCUCAUCAUAGCUCUAAAUCAUCUGUGUGGAAACACAACAAAGAGCAAAAGGAUUUUCUCUUAUGUUUCCUCUCUUUUCUCACCUUAACACUCAUUCUUACUCCCACUGUGGGCCUCCAAGUUUACCUUCUUCACAUGUCUAUCCAACCCUACCGCUUUUAACCCCAAGCCUUUACCACCUUUCUGUUCUUGUUUCUUUCUUUGCCUCAGAGUGGAACAUAUAUUUUUAACUGAAAUUACCGGAGUCCUUGCGGAUGUCCGCAACCCGGCGCUGAAACGGGUGCUUACCAGCAGCCCAGAUGCAUUUGCCACUCAUUGUGAUGUCCUUGUUAUGUGAAGUGAUCAGGAUGGGGUCCGGCGUCACGCAGAAGCAAAGUGCUCACAGAGAAAAAUCAGAGGACUGUCGGAGCUGUUUGGAGUGUUCCCGUGACAACGGCUGCGUGCGUUGCCCAGAGCGACUCUUCCUGUUCCUGCAGAGGGAGGGGAUAUCUCACCACGGAACGUGUGUCCACGCCUGCCCUGCAGGACACUACGGACAGAGAGGAAAGGACAUCAACCGCUGCAUGAAGUGCCGUUCCUCAGACUGUGAGCAAUGCUUCAGCCGGGACUUCUGCACCAAGUGUAAGCCUGACUUCCAGCUUUACAAAGGCAGGUGUCUGAGCCACUGCCCGGAGGGAACGAUUACACACCAGACAGACUGCCUUGAAAACUGCCUCCUGGGAGAGUGGACUGAGUGGAGCACCUGUCUCCGGGAUGGCGUCACCUGCGGUUUCAGGUGGGGUAAGCAGACAAGGACUCGGGGGGGUGGCCAGUCCAUGAGAACACCUGAAGAGAAAGCGACGCCGCUCUGCCCGUCUCACAGCGAGACGCAGAAGUGCAGGAUGAAAAGAAGAUGUCCCACAGAAAGAAGACAGAAUAAAAAAGGAAGACUUGGAAGGAAGAAGGAGCAAAAACGACCACACCUGCGUGCCAGUGACAAUGUUGGCAACUCAUCAAACACAACAACAGACACCACAGGGGAGCCCGGAGCUCAUGGAGAUCCCUGAGGGGGAGGCAGACACAGCGUAACCCUCAACAUAUAUGAGAAUAUAAGUCAGCUCAUGUCAUAAAUCCAUAUCAUUUCCAAGCAGCCUGCACAGAAGCCUAAAACAUGCUGCCCUGCACCAAAAUCCUGUUUCCUGGAAACUCAGCAUUAUACCAGUUUGCAAAAAUUAUAACUAAGAAAUUCUUAAGAUGUGAUGCACACCAGCUGCCCACAAUAAAAGUAGCAGCCAGGCAUAAUAAAAAUCUCUCUUUAUCAACUACAACCAGCGUUUACCAGGAAACUAUCUGAGUGUUUAGUUUAAAACAUGUUAUUAAAAUUUAGUCGUGUUUCCUGUGAAAUACAAAAGUCUUCAGAAAAGUUACAUUUGUGCACUGAAAAACUCUCAAAACAAAUUCCUUUAGUCCUGCAACUAUUCAGCCUGGCAGCCCUGCAGUCCAGCAUCUCUCUGCACAACACGCGUCUGACUGAAGUCCUCACACAUAACCUGCUAAUUACCAGCUUAAUCAUGCAGAAGCUGCAACAUAUGAACUGUCUCUCAGGCAGCUUUUCAAAUAAUUCUCCAUCCUUUAGUAACAACAUGAUCUGCAGGAAGAUCCACAGA